ACAGGGAGCUCAGCUCAGCCUCCAGGGACUCCCGCUCAGUGAACACCGCCCAGCUGCUUCCCCGUGCGCUGUGGGCUCCAGCAAAACUUCUCAGAGACAGAAAGCACAAAAGGCACAAGGGCGCGGCCAGCAGCAGGAGACCUAGAGGGAGGCAGAGAGGAUGUAGCCUACCCUCCCAGCUUCUGCUCAUCUACUACUGCUCAACUUUCUGCUUUUCCUGAAAAAUCCAUACUCUCUUCUCCCACCCUGGGGAACAGAAAUCAGAGUCCUUGAGAAAGCAAGGGUCUGGGGUCAUGUCCCUCAUCCCAUGGCUCCGGUGGAAUGAGGCUCCCACCCGGCUGUCAUCCCGGAGCCCAGCGGAGAUGGUGCUGGAGACACUCAUGAUGGAGCUGGUGGGGCAGAUGCGUGAGACAGAGCGGCAGCAGCGGGAGCGCAACAGUGCAGUCAGGAAGGUCUGCACUGGCGUGGACUACAGCUGGCUGGCCAGCACACCACACCCCACCUAUGACCUCAGCCCGAGCGAGCAGCUGCAGCUGGAGGACGUUUGCACCAAAAUCCACCCUUCCUACUGUGGGCCAGCCAUCCUCAGGUUCCGGCAGCUGCUAGCAGAGCGAGAGCCCGCGGUGCAGGAGGUGUCGAGGCUGUUCCGCAGCGCCCUGCAGGAGGUGCUGGAGCACAUGCGACAAGAGGAAGAGCUGCAGCGGCUCACCAGGCAGUGGGGGGCCUGGCCGCGGGCUCGCGGCGGCCUGGCCCCCUUCAGGGCCCGCGCGCGCAUCGCGCCCUCCGCCGGCGACAUCCGCACGGUGUCCGAGCGCGUGGAGCGGGCGGCGCCGCCGCGCAGCUGGAGCGCGCCGGAUGUCCGGGCGCAGGCCGCGUGGGCGGGCCCGGAGCCGCCUAGCUCGCCCGGGCAGGAUUAGUGCGGAGAAACCUGGCCGCCCCUCCGCAGCUGCUGCUUCAGGGUGAGCCCGGGCCAUCACAGCAUCAGCCUCGGUGUCACCCCACCCCAUCCUACCCCGCCUCAGCAGCCGUGCAGUCCACCCCAACACGAGGGCGGAAACUUUCCAUUAACUAGGGACCCUUUAGGUGCCACCCCCGACUCCAAGACCGAAAAGGUCCCAAUGCUGCCUCGCAACCUGAAGCAGAAGGGGGCCGCUCUGAGGCAAACUGGAUGUGGAGUUUUCUCUUUGGCUGGACGCGCUCUGUGGAAUGUUUUUCCUAAAAUAAAUCUCUGCCUUUCUUAAUA